ACUCACAACAGCCACCGAAUCAGCACUACCAGCGUCAUGCCGGAACAACGCUCGAACGAGUCGAAACAUGGGCGGUAGUAGGCGCAGAACACCGGCAUAAGAGGCUCCCUGACAAUUUAUCCGUCGGGUUUCCAAUGUGCCCAUCCACGCCUGUGCUGGCUCCAUAGUUAGACGGCAUUCGCAACUCCCCGCUCGCCAUCACAUCCUUUGACUCCCAGCAUGCGUCCGUAUUCUCCUUGACUGAAUAUUUUGGAUUAUCAUACCAUCAUUGUGAUACACCAUGCCUUCUCAGCUUGAAGACCUUCGCAAGGCGAGCAAGAUCAGCUGUGACACACUUGACGUCCAAGUGGCCAAAGAGCUCGGUCCCUUCGUGGAUGUCACUUCCAAUCAGGCUAUCGCUGCAGGGGAGCUCGCUCGCACUGCGCCUGAUGGUACCCUCAUUCACGAACAGCUUAUCCGGCAAUCUGCUCGGGAUGCUCUCGCAUGGCUGCCCUCGGCUGUUCCUGGAGGCGACCCGGUGACAUUCGCGGUCGAGAUCAUGAUGGUUCGGCUCUCCAUUCAAUUCGCACCCUAUGUAACGGGGUUCCUACACAUCCAAACGAACCCAUAUUGGGCGUACUCGACCAAGAAAACGUACAGAAACGCAAGACGCAUUGUUGACAUCUUUUCCCGGGUCGAUCCGACGUUCGAUACAAAGAGGGUUUGUGUCAAGAUUCCUGGCACCUUCGAAGGUAUUGGGGCCUGUCACAUCCUUGAGAACGAUGAUAUUCCAGCGAACCGUGUCGCAACCCUGGCCACCACCCUCUUCUGCAUGGAACAGGCUGUUUUGGCCGCCAAUGCGCGCUGCACCUACAUUGCCCCCUACGUCAACGAACUCAAGGUCCAUUUUGAGCCUGGCUAUGUUGAUCAAAACAAGGCUUUCGAUUUCACGCGCCAAGCACAGCAUCACUAUGCCGAAACCUCAGCGCGAACGCAGGUCCUUGCAGCUAGCUUGACGUCCACAGCGGAGGUCUUGCAGUUGGCCGGCAUUCACCACAUUACCGUGUCACCGCCCCUCCUCCGUGGACUUUCAGACAGCUCACUUCCAAGUGAGCAUGGUAAGCUUGGUGCCUACUUUGCAGCUGAGCCGGAAUCAAAGUUCGACAGGAAAGCAUUCGACGCUACAUAUAGGGGAAGGGAAAGUGCAUAUCGUAUUUUGUUCACCAGGAGUGGGCAUGGAUCGGCCGAAGUGAAGCUCAACCAAGCCAUCAAUAUUUUUUGCGACAAGCAGGAUGAACUCGAAGAGGUUGCUCGUCGGGCUCUAGAGGAAGCCAUGGCGAAGUAGAAACAAUGUUUUUGCGAGGGUCGAUAAUUCGAUAUCCAAUCCGCGUUU